CCAGUCCACACUGCCCUGAAGUGGAUGCUAAUGAGAACUUUGUGUACUGGUUUCCUACAAAGCCCCUUCCAGAUAAAAGGAGGGAUUCUUGUUUGUUCUCUUACCCCCAUGAUGGUGGCAAAUUGUAGUUGUCCUAGGAUGACGAACUCCAAUCUGGUAACAAAUACCUGAGCUCCCACUGCCAGGAUUAACAAGCGUGGGGAAGUAAUAAUGCAGAGUGUUCCAACAGGGUAAGUAGACCAAAGUCUUGCCCAGCCCCUGUUAACUUAAGUGUGUGUAUACCAUAGUAUGGCCUCCCCCAAAGCCCAACCAGAAAUCAACGAAGAAACACAAAUGGUGAAAAGAUUUAUAUUUAGAUUUAGCCAGCUGGACUCAGUUUAGAUGAUUCCAAUCUGAAAAACAAAAGGGGAGCUUUGUUACUGGGAGCUGAAAUGUGAAGAUUAAGCUGGAAUGUCAUGGUUAAAAAGCAAAAUGAGACGAGGGUAGAGCCUAUUAAGGAUAGGGGUGCAGUGAGUUCAUCAGCAAAGGUCAGGUUUUGGUCACUAGCAGACACAUCACUUAGACCCAGGUGGUAGAUGAGUUCAUAGCAAAGGAAACUUACUUUGUUGGCAACAUCCAAAGCAUCAUAGUCAGGAGCCAGUCGAACAUAUGCCUUCUUCUCUCCAUCAGGUCUAGGAUAAAGGAAGUCUUAAUUCCUCCUACCCUCACUGCCCCCAAGCCCUCCCUUUUCCCCCUAGUCUUUCUGGCACAUCAGUGGUUCCUUUGUUCAUGUCAUUCUUUCCCAAAUAGUGACUUUUCCAUCAUUUCCACAGGAGACUAGGGAUGCCAUCAAACCACAAAUGAAGCCAACUCCCCUUUGUGGGGAACACCACAGAACAUUUUAAGGCGUAAGUCCAGAUCUCCCCUUUGAUGGUGAGAAUUAUUGUGUGCUACACUGCUCUCCUAUCCUGCAGAACUGCAAAAUGGAAAAGUUAUCCUUGGGGGUAAGAUUCCAAUGGGAUCAGACAGAACGCUGGUACCAGAGCGGAGUCCCCUAGUCCCAGAGCCGCGACCUACCUAAAGGGCGAAGUUUCAGGUCCACCUAGCCCUUCUUUAGACUCCAUUGAGGGAGGCAGGUUCGUCUUCAGCCUCCCACCCCUUGGCCUACACGGGAGCCUUGAAGGAAGACACCCCAGACUGGACGUCUCUUUCCUCGGUGGGCAUCCCAUUCCGACCCUGGCAUCCCCUGUCGGCUUCCCCCACCCCACCCCAUCCCGGGCAGAAGGGCGAGCGGGGGCAGACUCUAUGAGUCACGUUCUGGGUCUGGAGUUGAGGGAAGCGCCGCCUCUCCUUGGGCCCCUUCUCUCCUCCUUUCCCCUCCCCGCCGGUUCCUGGCCCAGCCAGAUACUGCGCAGCAAUCACCGAUUCUCCAUCACCAAUUUGACUGGCGCUCGCGAAGGGAGAGCGGAGUGGGACGCCGGGCCCUGCAGCGGACUGGGCCCCUGGCCCCCUCCUCCAGCAGGCCGCGGGCCUUGCAGCGCCAUCCCUGCCCACACUGACCCCGUGCGGCGGGGCCGCUCCGCGCCCCCGGGCGGCUCUGUUAUGGUAGGACCGCCUCAACCCCGAGCUGUCGUCGGGUCACCGCGGCCCCGAGUCAUUGUAGGAACUAUCCGGCCCCGAGUUAUUGUGGGGUCUGCGCGGGCCCGGGCCCCCCCGGACGGGACUCCCCGCCCCCAUUUGGAGGCGGAGGAGUCUCCCCGCCCCCGAGUCGUCGUCGGGACGACUCGGGCCCGGGUGAUUGUGGGUUCGCCCCGGCCCCGGAUGAUCGUCUCAUCCCCGUGGCCUGCUGUGGUCGUAGCGUCCCCGAGGCCGCGGGCUCCCGUAGGCUCCCCGUGGCCCAGAGUUAUAGUCGGGACACCCCGGUCGCGGGUGAUUGUCGGGUCUCCACGGGCCCGGGUCGCUGGGGCGGAUCAGGCCCCCGCGCCUUCUCGGGGCUCCCCGCAAGGCCGCAGGCGAGAUGAACAUUCUGGCGCCGGUGCGGAGGGACCGCGUCCUGGCGGAGCUGCCCCAGUGCCUGAGGAAGGAGGCCGCUUUGCACGUGCACAAAGACUUCCACCCCCGCGUCACCUGCGCCUGCCAGGAGCACCGGACAGGCACCGUGGGGUGAGCUAGACAUCCUUAACAAAGAAAGGAAGUCUCAAUCAAAGCUAGGGUAUACACGCACCCCCUGGGGCUCCGUUUCAGCCUCUACCAGUUAUAUGGUAAUUCCCCCAUUUUUACACCCAUGUGUUCUCCCUUUUCUUCCCAGCAAGGUUGUGAUGAGUCCUAUGAAAUGGGGUGGGGUAGAGAGACGGCAGUUCACUUCCUGACACAGAGAGGGUACCCAACAGGAGAGGGUGGUCACCAGCUCACCUUCCCACAUACCACCCAUUUGAGCCCCAGGGCAGGGAGCUGUGCCUGUAGGGAUGUGUCCCAUUAUGGGUGAAAGAAGGUAAUACUGAUAACAUUGGCGUGCCAUUAACGGAGCGUUUACUGUGUGCCAGGCAGUGUGUUGGUUACUAUUAUUGUCUUUUAUUAAAUGGAAAACACCAUCACUUUUAAGAUGUAUCCUGAUUUCAGAGAUGUUUAAAAUGUGUG